AGAAGUAAGAACAAGACGGACAGAUGAGUGUGCCAUUGAUUUGGAUUACUGUCAUUUGACAUUGUUGCUUCAUACAUCGCUCAUCUCUUUUCACUUGCAGCACAUUAGGGACAUUUUUAUUUAUACAAAACCAUAUUCUUCCUGGAACUACAUCACCAACAAUAUCUUAUUUGAAACCAAACUGUUAUUCCAUGUCUUCUCAGAUACCAACAUGAAGGACCUCUUCUUCCUGUGUGCACUAUUGUGUGGAGCUGAUUGUGCAUAUAAUACCAUACAUGAUCCCACUUCCUCAAUUCCAGUUUCAGUACUGCCCACAGAUAAUGCCACCAGUGUUGCCACCAGUGUUGCCAGCACGACGCCUGAUGCCGCCACACUGUCACAUAAAGUUUUCCAGGACUCCAAAAGUCAGAGCACUUCACAUUCACCUGACACAAAGCCACCCACCAUUCCCACCACCACACCCAUGGGGUUUUACAAGGAAGUGAAGGAAUAUCCUCUAAUGCUCAUGGUGUCUGGCGGCCUGAUCAUAGCCUGUACCAUUCUGCUGGUUUCUACUGUGAUGUUGAUAUGGAAAGUGUGCCACUUGAGAAGGCGCAUCAAGAUGCUGAGCAGCAACGCUGACCUGAUCAGCACCAAUGAUUACUGGAUGGGAACUGCCAAGAAGAACAAAGAGACAGAAGCCAAAGAGACCACCGUGUUAAUGUCUGACAUCAGUCAAACACAGGAGGAGAUGGGAAAUGGUACCACCAAGGAAGAAGGAGGGAAGGUAAAGGAGGAUGGACAAACAGGAGAGGAGGACAAGAAGGAGGUGGGAGACACGAGUGCCAAGAGUGAGGGCGCUUCAGCUACACCUGUAACCGUUGAUGAAAAUGCAGCCUCCUCAAAGCCACAAGAGGAGGCCAUUGAUGCCCAGUCCACUAACGCAGUAGCAGCCUCCUCCUCUGAGACCACAGAGGAACCAAAGGAUGGGGUGUAGAGUUGUGUGUGUAUGCCAAAGAGUUUCCUGUUUCACUUCCCUAUAGGUUUUUAUUUUACUACCCCGUUACAGUAAAUGAAUGAUACUUCUUUCAGCAGCUUUUGCUUUUUAGCUUUACAGUAAGUUGCAACAACUGCGUGUGCUGCCAAAUCUGUCAAUCUGGGCACUGAGCAUUUUGGGCUGAAACCAGUUGGUUUAUAUGUAUUUCUCCGUUAUUUGCGUAUAUUGGAAUAUAUUAAUAUUAUGAAUACCUGUGUCUUAACACACCUUACUCUUGUGAUGUAUAUACAUUUAUGAUGGAUAUGACAACAACCAGAGGAAUAAAAGAUAACAUGACCUCA